UGAAAAGAGCAGACAAAGGCUUUGAGCUCAGGACGCCCCUCUCUCUCUCUCUCACUCUGCCUACAAAGCCAACCUAGCUCUGUCUCCUCCGCUCUUAUAUCAUGGAACUGUUUUUUAAUAGGUGGCGUUAACGAGAGCGCUGGCUUUAUUUCCACUUUCUUGUCCUGAAAUGUACGACCGUCUGGAUCCCCGCUCGGCCGAGAGAGGACGGCUUUUUGUAGGUAUAAUACAAGGAAGCGUCGUCUGAGAGAGGGAGAGAGAGGGGGAAGGAUUGACGCUUUUUCCUCCUCUCCUCCUCCUUCUUCCUUUUCGCCCCCCUCUCCUCCUCUUUUUGGCGGAGAGAGGGGUUGAGGCAGGAAUAAACGCUUUUUUUUUGUUUCUUCUUCUUCUUCUUCUUCUUCUUUUUUAAAUGCAUUUGAAUCCUACUGCGCAACCAGACCGGAUCACGUGGGGUUUGGAGAGAGUUGGAUCGAUUUUGCACAGUUCAAUGUGAGAAAAAGAGAGAGAAACAAACAACUCCUUUCUUUUUUCUUUUACUUCUGUGGAUAACUGGGACUGUUGAUACUUUUGCAUAAUUGCAAGAGAAGAGGGGGGGUGGGGGGGUUGUUUGAGUUGGUUCUUUAUUUUUUCAGCCUUGGAGGUGUGGAGUAUUAAUUCUUAUAUGCCUGGGGUUUGAAAAACAAUGGAGACGCACAUUUCGUGCCUCUUCCCGGAAAUUUUGGCCAUGAUUUUCAGCUAUCUGGACGUGAGGGACAAAGGCAGGGUAGCCCAAGUGUGUAUCGCUUGGAGGGACGCAUCCUACCACAAGUCAGUGUGGAGGGGGGUGGAGGCCAAGCUGCACCUCCGCCGGGCCAAUCCCUCCCUGUUCCCCAGCCUCCAGGCCAGGGGCAUCCGGAGGGUCCAGAUCCUGUCCCUGCGCCGCAGCUUGAGCUAUGUGAUCCAGGGAAUGCCUAACAUCGAGUCCCUCAAUCUGUCUGGCUGCUACAACCUCACGGAUAACGGGCUGGGUCAUGCAUUUGUGCAGGAGAUCCCAUCACUGAGGGUUUUGAACCUGAGUCUGUGCAAGCAGAUCACAGACUCCAGUCUUGGCAGGAUAGCUCAGUAUCUGAAGAACCUGGAGGUGCUGGAGCUCGGUGGCUGCAGCAACAUCACCAACACUGGGCUCCUGUUGAUAGCCUGGGGCCUCCACAGGCUCAAGAGCCUCAAUCUGAGGUCCUGCCGGCAUGUCUCGGACGUGGGGAUUGGACAUUUGGCGGGCAUGACCCGCAGCGCGGCGGAGGGCUGCUUGAACCUGGAGUACCUGACUCUCCAGGACUGUCAGAAACUGACGGACCUGUCACUCAAACACAUUUCCAAGGGGCUGACCAAGCUCCGGGUACUGAACCUGAGCUUCUGCGGGGGCAUCUCAGACGCAGGGAUGAUCCACCUCUCCCACAUGGCCUCCCUGUGGAGCCUCAACCUGCGCUCCUGUGACAACAUCAGCGACACGGGCACCAUGCACCUCGCCAUGGGCACCCUGAGGCUCUCCGGGCUUGACGUUUCCUUCUGCGAUAAGAUAGGGGACCAAACCCUGGCGUACAUUGCCCAGGGGCUGUACCAGCUCAAGUCCCUGUCCCUGUGCUCGUGUCACAUCUCGGACGACGGGAUAAACCGGAUGGUGAGGCAGAUGCACGAGCUGAGGACCCUGAACAUUGGACAGUGUGUGCGCAUCACGGACAAAGGGCUGGAGCUCAUAGCCGACCACCUGACCCAGCUGGCGGGCAUCGACCUGUAUGGAUGUACCAAGAUCACCAAGAGGGGACUGGAGAGGAUCACACAGCUCCCCUGCCUUAAAGUGUUGAACCUGGGACUCUGGCAGAUGACAGAGAGUGAGAAAGUGAGAUUCUGACAUUGGACUGGAACCACUUCAAUGCAAAUCAGCAAAGAGUGUCAUUAGAGAAAUCUGCUUCGUUUACCGACACUCGCAUCCAUCCAAACUUGCACCCACUUAAAAGCAAGGUGAGGUUUUAAAACUUAUGAGACUUUUAUUUUUCCUUUAAACAUCUUCUUUUCUUUUUAUUUUUUUUACAGUGAGUCUGGAUUACAAACUAAUCUCCGCUACAGCCAUCACGCCUAAAAACAUUUGGCUACCUCGUAUGUGGUUGUUUUCAAAAGGGUGUAUACUGUUAAAAAGAAAAAAGAAAAAAAAAACAGAAGGAAAGCGAGAAUUAGAGACUGGGAGAAAAUGUGCCUAAAGGGACUGUGUCUGCCCCCUCCCCCCAUCCCCUCCCUCCCUCCAUGAGCAGAGCUGGAGAAAGGAGACCAGGACACAAUCUUAACUACCUUUGUUAAUUUACCCUCAUAAACAGCAACAAUUUCCCGCUGAGAGAAAGAGAGAGCAAGGGAGAGCCGAGUUGUAAAGUCCAUUCAGAUUUCAAGAGAGCGACGCUUUUAUGCAAAAAAAAAAAACACAAAACAAAACAUAAACCUGCUUGUGUGCAAGAGCUUUUUAAAAAUUGUUUGUUUUCUUCCUUUUUUUAAGGGAUAAAGUCCAACUUUAACGCCCUUUAGAGACAGGUUGUGUUCAAGCUUUGACGAAUAUAAAGGAGACACGAUUAUCAGCUUACCCUUAGAAUAAAUACCUAUAGUCAUCCUAUCAUAAUCCUAUAGUGAUAGAGGAUUAUUACAGGGCUACAGUACGAGAUAACACAGAUAUAAAGGUAUGAUCCGGUCAUUAUUAAACACAAUAUACGUCCAUGAGAGUGUGUUAUAGGAAUAUUGGGUGUUUUUUGUAAGGGAUGCUGGCAGAAACAAAUGUCAGAGGAUGUUUUUCAGAGCGUCGUACUUCAAAUUGAAGUGAUUUCUAUAUCUUAUACCCUUUAUUGAUCGAAACGAAUCAGGUUUUUUUGUCUCAUGGCUUUAUUUUCCCACGUUAAUGCCAACACAGGUCGCAUUCAUAUUCAUGUUGCUCUCACCGGUAAGAGAAAAAGAAAGAGAAGAGGAGGGUAGGGAUAUCUUUUUUUUUCUCCAUCUCACCCUGAAUAAAAAUACCCUGAAUCCAUUUUGAGACAUGCUUAGAAUAAGGAGCAAUCGAUUAUUUUUCUUUCUCUCUCUCUCUCUCUCUCUCUCUCUCUCUCUCUCUCUCUCUCUCUCUCUCUCUCUCUCUCUCUCUCUCCCCAUCUCGGGUUACAAGCGGAAUGCGUCUCUCUCCCUCUCCCCAUCUCUCUCUCUCUUUCUUUCGCACACACAAACACACACACACAUUAACACACAUGCACACGCGCGCACGCACACGGGGGCCUGUGUGUGUGCGCGCUUUAAUGUAAUGCAAUGACCUGCUAGAAAAAUUAAUAUACGGAUGUGCGUCCUGCUGAAAAAGCUGUGUGUGUUUGAAAAUAAAAAAGAUGUACUGUAUAUUAUGUGUUUGUAAAGAAGAAAAAAAAUGCAGAAUCCCAAAAUUAAAUUGUUUUAUAUUCUUACGGUUAAAACAAUUAAAGAUAUUUAUAUAAUGAACGAAAA